AUGGAGGCGGAGGGCAAAGGUUUGGGCGCCUUCGCGGCAGCGAAUUUGGAGCCGGGGGACCGGGUCUUGGCCGAGCGCCCGCUGCUGCGCUUCGAGGACUCUGAUGCUGGGCUCAGGACGGAGCUGGCGUGCGAGCGGCUGCCGCCAUCGCAGCGCGAGGAGGUGUUGAGCCUGGAGGACUCUUGGUCUCUGGAUGCCAAGACCUUCCGGGGAAUCCUCGAGACCAACGGCAUAGACUGCGAAUUGCCCAUCGGAGAGUCUCCUAAGGUGCUUUGCUUGAAGCUGAGCCGCUUCAACCACUCGUGCAAUCCCAAUUGCGACUACAGCUGGAAUCAGCAGAACGGGCGCAUGGAGGUCUACGCGCAAACCGCCAUCACUGUGGGCGAGGAGCUGUGCAUUCCAUACAUCGACCUCCGUGAGCCCUGGGAGCUGCGCCAGCAGCUGCUCCGGGAGAACUGGCGCUUCUCCUGCCGCUGCGAGGUGUGUGCGUGCAAGGACUCCGCGGAGAGCGACCGGCGGCGCGUGCGGCUGGGGGAGCUGAGUGCGCUCAUCUACCGGAAGCGCCGAAGCCGCAGCCAGCUGAGCAUCGCCAAGAAGCUGUUGAAGUUGUACCAGGAGGAAAAUCUCUAUGCGCAUAGCUACAGGCUGGAGGCCUGCAAAUUCGGAUACGCUGCCUCCCUGGACUUGGAGGAGGCAGACGCGCCCCGCUUCGCACGCCUGGGCUUGCGCUGCGCCAUGAGAUGUCAUGGCCCUGAUCACGAAGAGACGCAGGAGUGGCUGAAAGCCUCGAGCCUUUGGUCCUGA